AUGGAUCCUGGACUCUCGCGUCGCUCACUGAAGGUGCUUGCUGCCGCUGGUGGUGCUGCCCCACAUCAACAACAACAAUGGGGAUCACAACAACAGCAUACGAUCGACAGAGAUGGUGACGACGCGACACUUAUUGAUCUCUCGCGCGCAACGAAUGAAGUCGCACAUGCGGAGUUAUUGGAGUUUUUCAAGAGCACGGUUGGGGAGGAUGUUACUACAACCCUCAUCCCCACCCUAACCCUCAAACACUCCCUCGCCCUCACCCUCGCCAAACCACCAACCUACAACCACUGGGACAACUACCUCCUCCCCUCCCUCCAAGCCUCAUACGACUUCUCCCCCGUAAAAUCCCGCAUCAAAGCCGUCGUGCUUUGUAACCCCAAUAUGCCCCUUUCGCGCUGCUACCCGCGCGAGACGCUGCUCGAUCUUAUGGAGUUUUGUCAAGAGAGGGGGUUACAUCUUGUUUGCGAUGAGGGCUGCAUAAUAUCCCAAUCUUCCCCCUCCCUCAACACCGCCCUAUCAACCCUCACCACACCGCCCUCCACCCUUCCUUCCCUCUACCUAACAUCCCUCCUCUCCUGGUCCCAACUUCCCACCCUCCUCGCUUUAACCACCGAGCGCCUAACAUACUCCUGCCACAUUCUCGCCACCUUUUUGCAACGCCAUGAUGUCGAGUUCGUGGUUCCUACACAUGGCGUUGUGUUGUUUGCGCGCUUGGCGAGGACGGCCGCGAGUAAAGGCGAGGAAAAGAGGUUCUUCGAGGCGCUGGAGAGGGGCGGUGUUAGGGUUGGGAGGGGCGAGAAGUAUGCGGGGGUCGAGAGGUGUUGGGGUUGGGCCGGGCUAGGGUUUGGGGUUGGCGUAGAGGUUAUGGAGGAGGCGGUCAGGAGGAUGGAGAGGGUGAUGAGUGGAGAGGGAAGGUGA